UGUCACUGAGGAAGCAGCACCCUUCGAGCUAAUACUAUUACAUUAAUUUACAUUAAUUUCUUCUAAUCUCUAUACUUUAAAAUUAUUUACCUUACGUUAUACAAAUAUAACUGACACCACGUUAAAUAAAACAAUCGUAACGUUGCGCUGUCGCAAAUUUGAUCUGUAUUCUGUUUUGUUUUUUACAAAACAUCCGCGACUAGCUUGUAGCCUGUAGCCCGCUAGCAUCACCUACCGCUAGCCUUGUUUACGUUUCACAUUUCUCACUUACCGCUGUUCUGUUUUUAAAAAACAAACAAACAAGCAAACAAACAAAUAUGUCUGCUGUCUCUCCGGUUUUGAGUGCAGAUGAGGACUCGCUUGAGCUUCACAUGGUGCGGCUGGAACUGGAGGAUGUGGAGAAGCAGAUCCGCGGCCUACUCGACAAGCAGGCCCAGCUGCUGGAGCGACAAACUGCGCUGGAAACAUCUUGUGCCUCUGCUCACAUAUCCAAGGUAAGCACACAGCGUGGUAUUUCCACUCCCAGCCCCUCUACGCCGUGUGUUUCUCUGUGCAGGGACCGUGCACCUAGGACUUUCCCAGCCGUGGUCUCCGUCACGCCGGCGCCAACACACCUCGGGCCUUGGGUGAACCAGCGGCAAAAGGCGCGGGCUGGACCUUCUCCACCUCCGGUGUUCGAGAUUCCAACCAGGAACCGCUUCGCCCCUCUCCGCCAGACCAGACCCAACACUGUGAUCGUCGGGGACUCAAUUGUGCGGAACGUCCGUGUAGCCUCAUCUAAAGGUAAGGUGCGCACACACUGUUUUUCUGGUGCUUGUGUCCUUGAUGUCGCUGCGCAGGUAUCCGGGAUCCUGAAGAAGGACGAGCGCAUUGGAGCGGUUGUGCUGCACGCGGGGACGAACGACACCAGGCUGCGGCAGACGGAGGUUCUGAAGAGGGACUUCUCCAGCCUGAUCGAGACGGUACGAGGCAGAUCACCUACCGCGAAGAUCAUCGUCUCUGGACCUCUUCCCACAUACAGACGUGGAGCAGAAAAGUUGUUUCGUCCUGAUGGCCUGCAUCCCAGCAGCCUUGGAGCGGAACUGCUUUCAGACAACAUUUCCAAGGCGCUACACUCCAAGUGACUGCCUACCGUAAGUACAUCUUCCAAUAAUAACAUUCAGUAUAAUCAAUGUUCAACUAAAAAUCCGGCAAAGGUAAUACAUACUAUAGAGACUGUGUCUGUUCCCCGAGCUAUUCAAAUAUAUAGAAAAUCUCGGAAAGUCGAUCUUCGUAACCUAAUUAACAUAAAAUUAAAUCAUAUUGAAUGCACAGCCAGCACUUUUGAUCUGAGGCUAGGACUAUUAAACAUUAGAUCUCUUGCGUCUAAGGCUCUUAUUGUUAACGACAUCAUUACUGAUCAGGAAUGUAAUUUAAUGUGUUUAACGGAAACUUGGAUUAAACCAAACGAGUACAUAGCAUUAAAUGAAGCCAGUCCUCCUGGAUACAGUUAUGUACAUCAGCCUCGUUCAACUGGUAGAGGAGGAGGUGUUGGACUCAUCCAUAGUCAAAAUCUAGUCGUCACACAAAAACCUAAGCAUAAAUUUAGUUCUUUUGAAAUUCUUUAUACCAGUAUAAGUUAUGUAGCCACAAAAAAUAAGUCAAUCCCUCUAAUUAUUAUUUACAGACCCCCAGGGCCAUAUACUGAAUUUCUUAGUGAAUUUGCAGACUUUGUCUCAAACCUGGUUGUGUCUGUAGACAAAGCAUUAAUCGUCGGAGACUUUAAUAUUCAUUUUGAUAACCUGGAAGACCCUCUAAGAAUAGCGGUUGUGUCCAUCUUAGAUUCAGUAGGGAUUAAUCAGAACGUAAUCGGGCCUACUCAUAAUGGUGGUCACACUCUUGACCUCAUACUAACAUACGGACUAAGUAUAGAAAAUAUUAUCAUUUUUCCGCAGUCUGAAGUUGUCUCAGACCAUUAUCUUAUCUCGUUCAUAAUACGUAUUGAUCAUAAUAUUUCCACCUCGUCUCGCUACCGCGUAAAACGUACCUACACAUCAGCUACUGCACAGAGCUUCAUAAAUAACCUCGCAGAAACAUCAAUUAGAUUUGGAUCACCGUCAGAUCACACAGAACUCGAUCAGGCGACUGAAAGCUUGGAGUCAACACUCCGCUACACGCUAGAUAGAGUGGCUCCACUCAAAAGGAAAAUAAUUAGAGAAAAAAAAAUUAGCACCCUGGUAUAACGAUCAAACGCCUACCUUAAAACAGACAACUCGACAAUUAGAACGUAAGUGGCAUCAAACCAAACUGGUGAUAUUUCAAACAGCAUGGAAGGAGAACCUACUGAAAUAUAGGAAAUCUCUUGGCGAUGCUAGAAAAAUCUAUUUCUCCACCUUAAUAGGAGACAACAAAAACAAUUCUAGAUUCCUUUUCAACACAGUAGCAAAAUUAACUAGGAAUAAAACCACUACAGAGAGAAACACUCAAUCAUUACAUAGCAGUGAAGAUUUCAUGAAAUUUUUCAAUGAUAAGGUUGAAAAUAUUAGACGUGAAAUACAGGCCAUUAAAUUAAAACUGGACAGUACUGUAAUAAACCCAUUACAUGACAAUGUAGCAAUAUCAGAUCAAUGUUUAGAGUGUUUUGCUCCGCUUAGAGAGACCGAACUAGCUACAUUAAUCUCUUCAUCCAAUUCAUCAACUUGCAUACUAGAUCCCGUACCUUCAUGUUUGUUUAAACAGAUUGGUCCAGUAGUAAUUGAGCCACUUCUAAAUAUAAUCAAUUCUUCCCUAAGCAGUGGCUAUGUACCUAAAUCACUUAAAUUAGCAGUUAUUAAACCCUUGAUUAAAAAACCUGAUCUUGACCCGUCUCAAUUGUCCAACUAUAGACCAAUAUCAAAUCUCCCCUUCAUCUCUAAGAUUUUAGAAAAGGUUGUAGCAAAGCAGUUAUGCUCGUACUUAGAUAGGAAUAACAUUCAUGAACUGUAUCAGUCAGGAUUUAGACCUCAUCAUAGCACAGAGACAGCGUUAGUUAAAGUAGUAAAUGACCUUCUACUGACUUAUGAUCAGGGUUGUGUCUCGCUGCUUGUGUUACUCGACCUUAGUGCAGCUUUUGAUACUAUAGAUCACACUAUUCUCCUUGAUAGAUUAGAAAAUGUUGUUGGUAUUAAGGGAACAGUCCUCUCCUGGCUCAGGUCUUAUCUCACCGAUCGUUAUCAGUUCGUAGAUGUAAAUGGUGAAUUCUCCAUGCGUACUGAGGUUACUUUUGGAGUUCCACAGGGUUCUGUUUUAGGCCCACUGCUCUUUACUUUAUAAAUGCUACCCCUAGGUCAAAUUAUUCGUAAACAUGGAAUUAGCUUCCACUGUUAUGCUGAUGAUACACAGUUGUAUGUUUCAGCGAAGCCAGAGGACAGACAUAAGCUUAGUAAAGUUGAGGAUUGUGUAAAGGACAUUAGAUAUUGGAUGUUAAUUAACUUCCUUCUGCUUAAUUCUGAUAAAACAGAAAUACUUUUAUUAGGCCCACGUGUAGCUAGAAGUAUUCUUUCUGAUCACAUGGUUACUCUGGAUGGUCUUUUUGUUUCAUCAUGUGCAGCAGUUAAAGACCUUGGAGUGAUUAUUGACUCCAGCCUAUCAUUUGAUGCUCAUGUAGAUAAUAUUACUAGGAUAGCCUUCUUUCAUCUCAGAAAUAUUUCUAAAAUAAGAAACAUAUUUUCACUACAUGAUGCGGAAAUACUAGUUCAUGCAUUCGUCACCUGUAGAUUAGAUUAUUGUAAUGCCAUACUGUCUGGAUGUUCCAGUAGGAAUAUAAAUAAGCUCCAAUUAGUCCAGAAUGCAGCUGCUAGAGUCCUAACUAGAACUAGAAGAUACGACCAUAUCACACCGAUAUUAUCAAUACUGCAUUGGCUCCCAGUAAAAUCUCGCAUUAAUUAUAAAAUACUCUUAUUAACCUAUAAAGCACUAAAUGGUCUCGCGCCACAAUAUCUAAGCGACCUUUUGGUUUUAUAUGAUCCGCCACGCCUACUUAGAUCAAAAGAUACAGGCUAUCUGACUGUACCUCGAAUAGUGAAGGCUACAGCAGGGGGAAGAGCUUUCUCUUAUAGGGCCCCACAGUUAUGGAACAGUCUUCCUAUUAGUGUUCGGGACUCAGACACAGUCUCAGUGUUUAAGUCUAAGCUUAAAACGUAUUUGUUUACUCAAGCCUACCCUGACUAGAUUCUGUUCUACUUUCUCCCUCUCUCCUUUCGCCGAGCCCCACACGAAUUUAUGGAGAUACUAGAGAUCCAGAUCCUUUCUGCCUCUGGAUGGAGCUCAAAUCUUCUUUAAUUCCAGACUGCUGGGACUACGGCUGCUCUUAACGCCAUACAGACUUCAUAUAAAUCCAUAAUGAACUUUUUCACAAUAUCUGUUGUUACCCAGAUGAGGAUGGGUUCCCUUCUGAGUCGGGUUCCUCUCAAGGUUUAUUCCUCUUAAAACAUCUUAGGGAGUUUUUCCUUGCCACCGUAGCCACUCAGUGGCUUGCUCAGUUGGGAUAAAUUCACACCUUUAAUAUCUGUAUACCGUGUUGAUAUUUCUGUAAAGCUGCUUUGAGACAAUAUCUAUUGUAAAAAGCGCUAUACAAAUAAAAUUGAAUUGAAUUGAAUUGAAAACCA